CCUCAUUCUUGGAAGCCCUGCUCACCAUAUCACUACACUGUUCUUUGAUGGAUGAAGAAGGAGAAGUGAUCCAGCCCCAGGAGCAGAGCUGCUGGGCCACUCUGCCAGAUAUAUGCCUGCGUCGUGUCUUCUGGUGGCUGGGAGACAGGGACAGGUCCAGGGCAGCCCUGGUCUGUAGAAAAUGGAACCAGAUAAUGUAUUCGGCAGACCUCUGGCGAUACAGGACUAUCACAUUCAGUGGGAGACCGUCCAGGGUGCAUGCAUCCGAAUUCGAGUCGGCAUUGUGGUAUGUUAAGAAAUUUGGUCAUUACCUGGAACACCUGGAGAUCAAGUUUCUGAAUCCUUACAACGCUGUCUUGACCAAGAAGUUCCAGGUCACCAUGCGAAGCCUUCUGUCAUGCCUGGGGAAGAAUAACAACCGCCUGAAGUCUCUCUCCAUCCAGCACCUGGAGCUAGACCGGCUGGUCUGGAGGAAUAGCAUCAGGAGCUCACUCAUCAAGAGCCUGAGCUUCUUUUUAAAGAAAAUGGGCAAGCACCUGGACCACCUUAGCCUGAAAGGGGCCCGACUGACAGUGGACCAAGGCUGCCACGUCCUCAACUCCCUGAGCUACCUGCGCAAUGAGAAUAAGGCCUCCGAACUCAACAUUGAAGACUUCUUCAGCCAUCAUUUGGCCGUCUAUGGCAGCUCCCAGUUCACUAAGGCCAUGGCCACAUUCCACAACCUGACGUUCCUGACACUCAACUACAACUGUAUAUCUGAUGAGCUGCUUGAGACCUUGAGUGAGAACAACAUCGGCACCCUCCAGACCAUGAACAUCAAAUGCCAUGUUCAUGACCCCCACAGCCAGGUCAUAUGGGGUAUGUCCUGGGCCAAGCUGGCCAGGCAGGCCAGCAACCUGAAGGUGAACUUCUUCUUUGAACGGGUAAUGAAGUAUGAGCACCUGGCCCGGAUCCUUCUGCAAGAGAUCCCCAUCAGGAGCAUUAGUCUUCGAAGCUGCUAUUUCAGUGACCCAGAUUGGUCCAUGAGGCCCACUCUCACAGACCUCCUGCCCACCUUCCGGAACACUCUGCAGAAGUUAACGUUCGAGUUCAACAACAGCCAUGAGUCACUCGACGAGCAGCUGUACCUCCUCAUCCUGUCCUGCAGGAAGCUGUCCUACUUCAAAAUCUGGGCUUUCCUGGAUGUUAAGUUUGUGGAGCGGAUCCUGAAGAGCCAGGAGGAGGGUCAGUGUGCCCUGCGCACCCUCAAGAUGAGAAUUUAUACAAACAGAUAUGAGACAAAUGAAGAGGACAGGACCCUACGGGAAAUCUACAGGAAGUACAGAAAGCUGAUCGAUUUAGAGCUUAACUAUUUUGUCAUCGCUUACCCCAUGAUGUAA